AUGAAGAAGCUGAAUAAUAAGCCUACACAUCACAGUGUCCAGGAACUGCGAGCUUUAGGCCUGACCCCUCACUUUUUAGCAUGUCGUUCAGCUCAGCCAUUGUUGGAAAACACAAAGCAGAAACUCCCACAAUUUUGUCAUGUACCUGCUGCCACAUUCUUAAUAUACAUGAUGUUCCAAACAUUUGUCAUGUUCCUCUUUUACUUCGGGUGCGUGGAUGUUUGUAUUCCUUUGAUAAUUGAGAUAGAUAUAUUUCUCAUCAUCUCUAAAUUUUCCCAUGACCAAAAUGCUCAUGAGGCAAUCCUGAAACAGCUAGCACUACUGCGUGUAGCAAGACCUCCAAAUUUACAAGAGUGGACUAACAGGGCAGAAACUUGUGACAACCUCACCAAUUCUGUGAAGAUUGCAAUGGUUGGGAAAUAUGGAUCAAUUUGUUUUUAUAUGGAUUUUCCUCUCAAAAGCUUAAUCAGAUGCCCCUAA